GAAUCUCGAGGCUGAGUUUGAAUAACCGGGUGGCGGACAAUCGAGUGAAGAGUCCCUGAAACUUUCUGGGCCUGAGGAAAACAGUAGCUAGAUAUAAGAUGAGGAUUUGCCUGUUCAACUUGGUUGCAACUGUUCAACUUGUUUGCCUGUUCAACUUGCAACUGUUGAAGAGAAUUAGUUUUAACACCGCUUCCUUAAACAUAGCAGAAGAAUGAGGCUCUCUGUAGAAAUAUUCAACCAUUCACAUAAGCAGAGGAAUCAAGAUCGUCAACAAUGUCUGUUACUGAGGAAGACCUGUGUCAUCACAUGAAAGUAGUUGUCCGUGUGCGUCCUGAGAACACAAAAGAAAAAGCCUCUGGAUUUCAUAAAGUAGUCCAUGUUGUGGAUAAGCAUAUUCUUGUUUUUGAUCCCAAGCAAGAAGAAAUCAGCUUUUUCCAUGGAAGGAAAACUAUGAAUCGAGACAUUACAAAGAGGCAAAAUAAGGAUCUUAAAUUUGUAUUUGAUGCUGUUUUUGAUGAAAAUUCAACUCAAUUGGAAGUUUUUGAACACACUACUAAGCCAAUUCUUCGUAGUUUUUUGAAUGGAUAUAAUUGCACAGUACUUGCAUAUGGUGCCACGGGAGCUGGAAAGACCCACACAAUGCUAGGAUCAGCUGCUGAACCUGGAGUGAUGUAUCUAACAAUGCUGGACCUUUACAAAUCCAUGGAUGAGAUUAAAGAAGAAAAAGUAUGUAGUACUGCGGUUUCUUAUCUGGAGGUGUAUAAUGAACAGAUUCGUGACCUCUUAGUAAAUUCAGGGCCACUUGCUGUCCGGGAAGAUGCCCAAAAAGGGGUGGUCGUUCAGGGAUUGACUUUACAUCAGCCCAAAUCCUCAGAGGAAAUUUUGCAGUUAUUGGAUAGUGGUAACAGAAACAGGACACAACAUCCCACUGAUACAAAUGCUACGUCUUCUCGUUCUCAUGCUGUUUUCCAGAUUUAUUUGAGACAACAAGAUAAAACAGCAAGUAUCAAUCAAAAUGUCCGAAUUGCCAAGAUGUCACUCAUUGACCUGGCAGGGUCUGAAAGAGCCAGUGCUACCAGCGCUAAAGGGACCCGGUUUAUAGAAGGCACAAAUAUCAAUCGAUCACUUUUAGCUCUUGGGAAUGUUAUCAAUGCCUUAGCAGAUACAAAGAAAAAGAAUCAGCAUAUUCCUUACAGAAAUAGUAAGCUCACUCGCUUGUUAAAGGAUUCUCUCGGAGGAAACUGUCAAACUAUAAUGAUUGCUGCUGUUAGUCCUUCCUCUGUGUUCUACGAUGACACAUAUAACACUCUUAAGUAUGCUAACCGCGCAAAGGACAUUAAGUCUUCUUUGAAGAGCAAUGUUCUUAACCUCGACAAUCAUAUAACUCAGUAUGUAAAAAUCUGUAACGAGCAGAAGAAAGAGAUUUUAAUGUUAAAAGAAAAACUAAAGGCCUAUGAAGAACAGAAAGCCUUUACUGAUGAAAGUAGCAAAUUAGUGAUUUCAAACCCUCAGAAAAAAGAAAUUGAAAGAUUUCAAGAAAUUCUAAACUGCUUGUUCCAGAAUCGAGAAGAAAUCCGGCAAGAAUAUCUGAAGUUAGAAAUGUUGCUUAAAGAAAAUGAACUUAAGUCAUUCUAUCAACAACAGUGCCAUAAACAAAUAGAAAUGAUGUGUUCUGAAGACAAAGUAGAAAAGGCCACUUGCAGAAGAGAUCACAGACUUGCAAUGUUGAAAACUCGCCGUUGCUAUCUAGAGAAGAAAAGGGAGGAAGAAUUGAAGCAAUUUGAUGAGAAUACUAAUUGGCUCCAUCGUGUCAAAACUGAAAUGGGACUCUUAGGUCAAAAUGGUCAUAUUCCAAAGGAGCUGAGUAAAGAACUUCAUUGCCACCAUCUUCACCUCCAGAACAAAGAUUUGAAAGCACAAAUUAAACAUAUGAUGGAUCUAGCUUCUCUUCAAGAGCAGCAACACAGGCAGACAGAAGCAGUAUUGAAUGCAUUACUUCCGGCCCUAAGAAAGCAGUACUGUGCUUUAAAAGAAUCUGGCCUGUUAAAUGCUACUUUUGAGUCUGACAUCAAAGAAAUUGAACAUUUGGUUGAGAGGAAAAAAGUGGUGGUUUGGGCUGAUCAAACUAGUGAACCUGCAAAGCAAAAUAAUCUACCGGAAGUUUCUAUUCUUAUGACCUUCCCACAACUUGGACCAGUUCAUUCUUCUCCUUGUUGCACAUCUCCAGGUGAACCUAAUCUGCUUAAAAUUCCUUCACAAAAAAGAACCCGAAGAAAAUUAAUGCCUUCUCCCUUGAACAUAAAACAUACCCAAACGUCUGUAGAGUCUGAAAAUACGCAGCUUAAUGAUUCCCUCAGCAAAGAGCUUCAGCCCAUUGUGUAUACUCCAGAAAACUCUAGAAAAACUUCUCAAAAUCCAUCUACAGGGACCUUAUUAAAACCGUCACAUACUACCAGUUUUCAGACCAUCAGCUCAAAUAUAAACAGUGAUAAUUCUUUGAAAAUGUUGUGUGAAGUAGAUAUCCCUCUCAGCAUGAGAAAAGAACAUGGACAGGAGGAUUUAAAGUCUACAUUUCUUAUAUGUGAAGAUACCAGGAGCUUGGAAAGUGAACUACCUGAACAAGAAUCCCUACCAAACAAUAACAUUUUACAAAGGCUUGCCCCUUCUUCAAUCUCAACUAAACAUCCUCUGCCUAUACCAAGCAUAGUACCAUCCUACAUGGCAAUGACUGCCGCUGCCAAAAGGAAACGGAAACUAAUAAGCUCUGCAUCAAAUGCGUCAUUAACUGCUGAGUUAAAUUCUGGAUCUGCCAAGCGUGUUCAUCAAGAUAAUUCAAGUGAUAAGCACUUACAGGAAAAUGGACCAACUAUGGGCUAUAAAAGAAACAUCCAUAAAAUAAAGCCAAGCAUGGUUAGAAAGUUUGGAAGAAGUAUUUCAAAAGGAAACCUAAGAUAAGCCUCUUUGAAAUCAAGGGGAAAAAAAUCAAGGAGUCUGCUUUUAAAAGAGUUUUUUCCCAGGACCCUUUCAGGAACUUGUUUAAAGUCUUUGAAAGAAGACCACCUUAAAAACUAGGUGUACCCAAAUACUUUCAGCAAGCAGAAAAUGAAAUUCCUUUUGUUUUGUGCUUUUGUAUUCUAAGCAAAUAUAAAAUUUCAAGA